AUGUAUUUCAACGAGUGCAAUGCUCAUUUGGGACAGGAAAUGCUAGACACACAAGUCAUGUGGAUGGGAUCUGCCAUGUCCAUUGACAAACCCAAAUCACCUGGCAGGACAUUGGGAAGUGCACAAGAUAUUUCUAGUCAAAGUCCUGAUGUAGCGGGCGAUGAGGCUCCUAGACUUACCGUAUUCAAGGCAUUUCAGGCGCAGAUCUCGAUGGCCAACGUUGACAUCAGCGGCAGUCAGGCUGUGGGGCACCUGUCUUUGAAGAAAGAAAAACUUGUUCGCGGCCUACAGAAGGCAAUAAACAAGUAUCUCCAUCGUCAUUGUGAAGAGGGGCAUCCGACUACUGACCUAUUACGCCAGCGCAUCUAUGCAGCACUCGAGGGUGCAUUGUUGGGCAUUGAAGUUGAUGACAUUAUGUCGAAGCAUCACUCCCAGGGUGCAGAGAACCUGAAAACAAAUGACAGACAAGAUUGUUGCACCGACGACAAUGUCAUCUCACCUGUAGCACAACACAUUUGGAACACCAUGAAAUGCGGAUUAUUUGCCCUCGAAACAGUUCCAAGCGUGAAGCUAGAACCUCUGUUGAUUUGUGAGAGAGUAAGCACCCUUGCUGGAAUGCCAGGAGGAUAUCCAACAGAGUGA